GACUCCAACGAGGGGGGAAGGGGGGAGCGCGAAGGGGCCUGCAGUGCAUUCUGGGGAAGUCUCAGCGCUCUCGUCUUUGUUUCCGGCUCUAGAGCCGAGUUUGGUUUCACAAAAGCUCUUCCAAGGUGCGGUUCCCGGGUUCCCGGGUUCCCGGCUCCCCACAGAGGCGCACAUACUUCCUCCCUCGGUGUUCGGCUGGCGCUGGGGUCCUGCCAACGCCGCCAGCAUGUCUGGGGUGCGCGCUGUGCGGAUCAGCAUUGAGUCUGCCUGCGAGAAGCAGGUCCAGGAGGUGGGCCUGGAUGGCACUGAGACGUACCUGCAGCCGCUGUCCAUGUCCCAGAAUCUGGCGCGUCUGGCCCAGCGGAUCGACUUCAGCCAGGGUUCGGGCUCCGAGGAGGAGGAGGCGGCGGGGGCAGAUGGCGACGCGCAGGACUGGGCGGGCGCCGGGUCCAGCGCGGAUCAGGACGACGAGGAAGGGUUGGUGAAAUUUCAGCCUUCCCUUUGGCCUUGGGAUUCAGUGAGGAACAAUUUGAGAAGUGCCCUGACAGAGAUGUGUGUUCUCUAUGAUGUUCUCAGUAUUGUUAGGGAUAAAAAAUUUAUGACUCUUGAUCCUGUCUCUCAGGAUGCACUUCCUCCAAAACAGAAUCCUCAGACGUUGCAGUUGAUAUCUAAAAAGAAGUCACUUGCGGGAGCAGCACAAAUCCUACUGAAGGGGGCAGAAAGACUGACUAAAUCAGUCACUGAAAACCAAGAAAAUAAGCUACAAAGAGACUUCAACUCUGAGCUUUUGAGACUGCGGCAACACUGGAAACUUAGAAAAGUUGGAGAUAAAAUUCUUGGAGAUCUGAGCUACAGAAGUGCAGGAUCUCUGUUUCCCCAUCAUGGUACAUUUGAAGUAAUAAAGAAUACAGAUAUUGAUCUGGACAAGAAAAUACCUGAAGAUUACUGUCCCCUUGAUGUCCAGAUUCCUAGUGAUUUAGAGGGGUCUGCAUAUAUCAAGGUUUCAAUUCAAAAACAGGCUCCGGACAUAGGUGAUCUUGGCACAGUUAACCUCUUCAAACGACCUUUGCCUAAAUCCAAACCAGGUUCCCCACAUUGGCAGACGAAAUUAGAAGCAGCACAAAAUGUUCUCUUAUGUAAAGAAAUUUUUGCACAGCUCUCUCGGGAAGCUGUUCAAAUUAAAUCACAGAUCCCUCACAUUGUGGUGAAAAACCAGAUUAUCUCUCAGCCCUUUCCAAGCUUGCAGUUAUCUAUUUCUCUGUGCCAUUCUUCAAAUGAUAAGAAAUCCCAAAAAUCUGCUACUGAGAAGCAAAGUCCAGAGGACCAUCUUUAUGUCCUAGAGCAUAAUUUGCAUCUACUGAUUAGAGAGUUUCAUAAACAGACCUUGAGUUCCAUCAUGAUGCCGCAUCCAGCAAGUGCACCUUUCGGCCACAAGAGAAUGAGACUUUCGGGUCCUCAAGCUUUUGAUAAAAAUGAAAUUAAUUCAAUACAGUCAAGUGAAGGGCUCCUGGAAAAAAUAAUUAAACAAGCAAAGCAUAUAUUUCUGAGGAGUAGCUCUGGGGCAGAUCAUGUUAACCCAUUUCUACUGAUGAGAAGAUUGGGGUUCAGAGAAGUUGUGCAACAUGCUGAAGGUUACACAGCUAAAAGAACUGCUGCAACCAUUGACAGCUUAGCAAGUCGCAUUGAAGAUCCUCAGAUACAGGCUCACUGGUCAAAUAUUAAUGAUGUUUAUGAAUCUAGUGUGAAAGUCUUAAUCACAUCACAAGGCUAUGAACAAAUAUGCAAGUCCAUUCAGCUGCAGUUGAAUAUUGGAGUUGAGCAGAUCCGAGUCGUACACAGAGAUGGAAGAGUCAUCACUCUGUCUCAUCAGGAGCAGGAGCUGCAGGACUUCCUUCUGUCUCAGAUGUCACAGCAUCAGGUGCAUGCAGUUCAGCAGCUAGCCAAGGUUAUGGGCUGGCAGGUCCUGAGCUUCAGUAAUCACGUGGGCCUUGGACCCAUAGAGAGCAUUGGCAAUGCCUCUGCCAUCACAGUGGCCUCCCCGAAUGGUGACUAUGCUAUUUCAGUUCGUAAUGGCCCUGAAAGUGGCAGCAAGAUUAUGGUUCAGUUUCCCCGUAACCAGUGUAAAGACCUUCCAAAAAGUGAUGUUUUACAAGAUAGCAAAUGGAAUCAUCUUCGUGGACCGUUCAAAGAAGUUCAGUGGAAUAAAAUGGAAGGCCGGAACUUUGUUUACAAAAUGGAGCUGCUUAUGUCUGCACUUAGCCCUUGUCUACUAUGAUUUUCUUCCAGACCAGUUUCCAGAUAUUUUUUUCCAGAGAAGUUUCCAGAAACUUUGAGAAAUGUUUGCAGAUCAACUAUAAGCACAAGGAAAAAGAAUCUUCCAAAGGAGUAUUGUUUUUAAAAAGUCAUAAUUAGCAAAAGUUUACCUAGCAUUUUGAAAACUUUCACUUUAUAAGUGACAAGUGCUUUGAAAUGCAAAAGUUUAUUUACAGUUAUAGGGUAUACAAGUAUGGAUAGAUGUAGAUACUUUUUUUUUUUUAAUGCAGUUAACUUGAACUGUUACUAACUUAUGGAUUUGAAUUUGCUUUUUAAAAUAUUCCUUUGGGGCUUCCCUGGUGGCGCAGUGGUUGAGAGUCCGCCUGCCAAUGCAGGGGACGCGGGUUCGUGCCCCGGUCAGGGAAGAUCCCACAUGCCAUGGAGCAGCUGGGCCUGUGAGCCAUGGCCACUGAGCCUGAGCGUCCGGAGCCUGUGCCCCAUAAUGGGAGAGGCCACAACAGUGAAAGGCCCGCGUACCGCAAAAAAAAAAAAAAAAAAUAUUCCUUUGAUAUUCAAAUAAAGCAUAUGGUUAAAUUCCAGACACUCUGAACUCAACCUCAGUGAAUUGUGUCUUUAAUUGACUUGUUUCAUUCCACUAUUUAUUGCUUAAGAGUAUUUAAACACUCUUAAGACCCAGCUUUCAUACAGGAAUUCCCUCCAGUUGAGAGAAGCAGAUCCUUUCCCUGAAGUGCAACAGAGUACUCUCCAGCCAAAGGAGCCUGUUCUCCACUCCCUACCAGAGCUAUUAAAGCGAGCUCUUGUAUUAGUGGAUAAAGUACCUCUUCCUCUGAUUGUCUUUGUUAUGCAUGCCUGGGUCUACUACUUUGAGAAAUUCCUUGGAGAGUUCCAGCUGAAGGCCUGGAAGGCAGACUGUAUCUUUAGUGUUUCCUCAGGUCCCUCCUUGGUCUGUUUUCCCACUUGAAAGACCUCAUUUGCCUUGCCCCACUAGGCACCUGCUCCUGCCUGGCCCUGCCCCUGGCAGCCCUCAGCUUCAGCCAGCAACCCUGGAUUGCUUCUUCCGACUAAAGAUUUGUCCUGUCUUACUCCAUUAGCUCUCUGCAUUUUCCCAGGGAAAAUACAAAUGGAGUAAUGGAAUACAUUUUGCAAAGAAUAAAUAACAUGAACUUCUUGGAAAUAGUGCCCCAGUCCUAAAAUAUGUCUGAGGAACUUCACUUAAUAAUGUUCCCAGUGAAUUUGAGGUUCUUGCUUUGUCGAGAAAGAAUUUGGAGACAAAGUGAUAGGUAAGAAGUGGAUUUAUUUAGAUAGAAAUACACUCAAACAUGUGGACCAUCUCAGAAGGCGAGAGAGUGCCCUGAAAUAUGGCAUGGUUAAUUUUUUUUUUUUCCCUUUUGCGGUACGCGGGCCUGUCCUCUUGCGGAGCACAGGCUCCGGACGCGCAGGCCCAGCGGCCAUGGCUCACGGGCCCAGCCGCUCCGCGGCAUGUGGGAUCCUCCCGGACCGGGGCACGAACCCGUGUCCGCUGCAUCGGCAGGCGGACUCUCAACCACUGCACCACCAGGGAAGCCCGGCAUGGUUCAUUUUUAUGGGCUGGGUAAUUUCAUAGGCUAAUGAGUGGGAGGAUUAUUCCAGUUUUUUGUGGGGAGGGGUGGAGAUUUCCAGGAAGUGGGCCAUCACCCACUUUUUGACCUUUUAUGCUUAGCCUCAGAACUGUCAUGGUGCUGGUAGGUGUGUCAUUUAGCAUACUAAUAUAUUACAGUGAGUGUAUAAUGAGUCUCAAGGCCCACUGGAAGUCGAAUCUUCUGCCAUCUUGGAUCUAGUGAGUUCUAACCAGUUUUUGUCAUGUCCUAUGGCCGUGUCAUUCUUUUAAAGGUUGUGCCAUUUCUCCUUCCCUCCUGUUUCGUUCCCCCCUCAGAGAUUUUACUCCCAUAUUCUUAUGGGAAGCAGAGGGGUGAUGGUCUGUCUUCUACAACUGCUUCAGGGCUGAGUAGGGGCGUCGACCCUGCCUGUCAGGGAGUAAAAAAUCUCUGGAUGCCUGAUCUAGGGGCCACAAGGGCAGGACAGCUUGUUUUAAGUCCGUAUGGGCCGUCAUCUUGAUGUGGAACUGUUGUAACUGUUUCCUUAGCCUUCCUAUGAAUCUUCUUGAUGAUGAAGCACAUUUUGUAACAGUGUCAGAGUACAAAAAUACCUAUAAAUGACAAAAGACUUAAAAGGCUUGAUUAAACCUCUGAUUACAUUUAACAUACAAAAUAAUCCUAGUUAAAUACUUCUCUUUGAGAUACCUCAGGGGCCCUCUAAAAUAUCCCAAAGUUAUCUGGAAAUCAAAAGAACUUUAAUUAAAAUUUGGUAUUUGGGAAGUUUGUCGAAAAGAUUUAAAACACUUGGUCAAAUAAGAUCAUAGUUGUGAGACAAUAGUUACUUAGCCAAAGUGACAAUAAAACAUUUCAAACACAAAUACAGAACAGAUCACUUAAAAGGUAAAGAACUUAAAACCUGUUACCAAAGACAGUUCAACAUUUUAAGAAAACUUGUCCUUUUAAGAGAGAGGCCAAAUUCAAGUGUUGCACCUGCUUACUUUUAAAAUUCAUUUACUCAAUUAAAUUUAUUCUAAACUUAGUCAAUCCUGACCAUGCAGAAAACCCUCUUCUCAGGGUCCACUUUCCACAAACCUUUUAUCACCUAUAUCCAUCACUUAAUUUUUUUCCAUCCAGGAACAACCAGAAGACAGACUUUCUUUUCCCUUAAUUAAAUGCAAUUCCAUUCCUCACUCUUUACUGAAAACACACAACAAUCUACUUAAAUGUUUUUUUCACAUCGAGUUACUUUUCUUGUUGACAAAUCCGUAACAGAAUAAGGUCUUAUUUGACCUCUAGUAAACCUGGGUACAACAAAAGUACUAUACUUAACAUUGAUGACUCUAAAGACAUGUCUAUAUUAAUCAGACCAACCAGCUUAAGGCACCUUUAAUACCAGAUAUCAGUCUAGUAUUGAAUAUUUCCCAGAUGACGUGAGCCUGAAAUUCAUUCUAGCCAGUUUUAUAUUUCUGAGUAUUUAUAUAAGCUAUAAGGACUUAAUUUCCUUUAAGCCAAUGAAAUAGAGCUCUUUUAUGAAUUAAUUUUGGUAAUAGCAUACAUCUACAACACACAUAGAUACAUACGAACACACAAACACAGACACCUCAUAGUUCCCAUUUCAAAAUUUCAGCCCCGAGUCAGGUACAGUAAUAUAAAACCCAUCAUUUACAAGGAGUUGGAUUCAAAUUGGGCUUCUGGCAGAUGGAACAAAUCCAGGUCACCUGUCUAGAUGGCUAAACCUUUUUUACUAAUAUUUACAGAAAAGACACUUAGGAUUUCUAUUUAUCCUUGACAAGUCAAGUUCAAAAUUACCUUCUUUCAAAAUUUGCAUUUUAAAUAGAUGGCAGAGAUAAGGGUUCCUGAGAAGACCUUUACCCUCUUUCAAAACUUGCAUUUUAAAAAGGUGGCCGAGAUAAGGAUUCCUGAGAAGACCAGGUAGGACUGGAAUAUUACAGGGAGAUUGGCAUGGCAUGGCACCAAAAGCCCAUAAUUAAUGAAUUUUGAGAUUAGGGGUUGGAGGCCUCUUUGAGCCUCUGGUUUUAUGGGGUAUUGGCGCCCGGAAGGGAAGUUACUAGUUUCCUGUAAGGUGAUUUUUAUAGGAGUGACAAAUUUGUUUUCCCUGGGAUUCCCUGAUCCCAGACCUGUGGAUCUGUAAGUGUUUCAAUUUCUGGGGGGGGAUAUUUUGGGUUGGACUGUCCAUGUCUCGUAUGAUACAUAGUCCAGCCGAAAACACUCCUUGGCUUUGGUCUUCAGGGAGAGUAAGAGUUGCCCCCAAGACUGAGAAAAUCCCUUCCCAAUAAUGGGCUGGGGCAUUCAGGCAUGACAAGGAGCUUGUGAGUUUUAAGACUCUUUCCCCAGGUACAAGUUAGAGGGGUGGUGGAAUGUUUUAAUUUUGGCUUUCCUUCAACCCCAACAAUAGAGCAGGGGCAAGGGGCAAGGGGCCCAGCACGAGAAGUCAGGACAGAAUAAGUGGCUCCUGUGUGCACUAGAAAUUGGACAAGCUUACCUGCCACAUCAGUGGUCACCCACAGUUCCUCCCGUGUAUGAUGACUGUCUUCUCAGGAGCCUUGGGAGGUCCCAGGUCCUGUCAAUCAACCACUGCCAUGACUGGCAUGGGGGAAUAUCCUCACUCCCUUUGGAGCUGGGGGCAGUCCUUCUUCCAGUGGCCCAUCUUCUUGCAGAGUGGGCAUGGCGUUUUGGGUGUAGGCUGGGACCUGUUUCCUGAGCAUUCCUUGCUCCAGUGUUCAGGACUCCCACAGCUGAAACUGUCUCCUUUCCCUGGUGGAGGUCUUCUAGGGGUACUUUUAGGGUGACCAGGAAGGAGGUGGCUUAGGUCUCGUCAUGACAGCUGCCAAAAGCCUGGCUUGCUGUUGUUCCUUCCUUAAAUCAUGCUGUUCCUUCUUUUCCUCUUCAGCUUGGUCUCUAUUGUUAAAAACACUGAAGGCUGUGUCAAUAAGAAGGUUGAGAGGGGUUUAGGGCCCCAUGGCAAGCUUUUGAAACUUCUGACAGGGUUGAUUGGCUAAUGAAGUGGGUUGCAAAUACAAUGUGUCCCUUGGAAAUAUUUGGGUCUAUAUUCGUAUAUUUUCUGAGGGCAUCUACCAAUCGGGGCUGAAAUAGGGCUGGAUUUUCAUCUUGGCCUUGGGUGAUCUCUUUAACCUUAACAUAGUUAACAGGUUUAAUUACGCAUCAUUUCAUCCCUUCAAUGAGGUAAAGGAUCAUGUGAUCCCUACUAGUGAUACCAGGCUGGCCUGGUUGAUAGUCCCAGCUGGGAUCCAUUAGAGGCAAUGCUGUCAGGCCCAAAGGAUAUCGAUGUGGUUGGGCAACAUGUAAUUCAUCAGCAUAUGUUUGAACCUGUGCCCAAAUACGGGCCUUUUGUUCACUAGUGCAGCAGUGGGAAAGGACAAUAUUUUCAUCCUUCCAGGUAAGGUCAAAGGAGAGAGUCAGUGCCUGGAAUUCUUCGGUGAACUGGCCAGGGUCCUUCAAGAAUCUGCCUAAGCAGGUGUGGCAUUGGUUAAGGUCAGACAAGGAAAACGGGGUGUGGAUUCUGGUAAUUCCCUGAGGCCCACCUACUACUUCCUGAAGGGGGCAAACAGGCUCUGGCUGCAUUUCUGGUACGGAAGGGUGAAGAGGCUUAUAGGGCGGGGGAGAGGCUGAAGAUGGUGGAAGAGUGUUGGGGCUCGGGUCUUCUGCCUGGGGCUCCUGUUCGUCCAGGUGUGCCACUACAGAGGGCUUUUGUGUAGCCUAAAUGGGUCCCAGCCGGCCAGGUUCCCUAACCCAGGACUUGCGAAGCUCCGGGUUUUCUCUCAGGGCCAUAAGAGCCUGUACGUAAGGAACUUCUGUCCCAUUUCCCCUGCCUUUUGCAGAAGAUGUCUAACUGUAGGACUGGUACUAUAGUUGAGGCUUUCAUUUGCUGGCCAGGCCUCAUCGGCCUCAGGUUUAUACUGGGACCAGGCUUCAUUACAAAAGAAAAUGAGCUUUUUCGUUUCAAAGAAUCUAUAGAAAACUUGUCCCAGUGACUCAGAUUGCAACCAAGGGGUGAGUCCUUGGGGAUGGAGGAGGUGUUUCCCAUGGUUCCUUCAUGGAGAGGAUGCUCCUGUACCAGACAGGAGCACUAGGGUUGGGAGGUCCCAUGGGGGCUCUCUAAGACAGGACCGGUUCCAGGCAUCCCCAUCCACCUAGUCCUGUUGACUUUAUCCACAAUGGGGGUUAGCUAUGCCCCCAUGUGGUGGUCCUGUUGGCCCCAAAGUCCUGGGGCCUGUAUCCUAUCCUGGCGUCUGUGGUACCCAGGAUGAGUGACCUUCCCGAAGGUUUCUCUAUACAGUCUAUAGAUUAAUUCCUGUGCUCUGGGAUAUGUUCCCCUGGAAUGGACAUCCUCAUGGCUCUAAGACUUACUUAAGUCCCAACCUUUUUCCCUAAAAAGGUGGUAAGUUUCAGAAAACAGGCACUGGCCAUUAAGGCAGAUGGUUUGUGAGAAAGAAAAAACUUCUCUUUUCCCUUCCCUUUUGUGGGCAGCACCCCUGGGACCUUGGUGCCAUCCUCCCCCUCACCCCCUCCCACACAUGCUCUGGCCAGUGGGCAGUGGGGCUGGGUGCAGGGGCUGACAUGGCAGCCGAGGCAGAGGCACCGUGACUGUCGUUAGGGGGAUGGAGGGCCCCCGCAACCCUAGAAGAACACUCCCAAUCACGUGACCUCAGGGAGGUAAGCCGCGGGUCAUUGCUCAGGCAUGUAUCCCUGGGGCGUGGUCAUGCAGUUUGAGUCGCCUGCCCAGCCCUAACAGGGCGUGGUGGCAGUGGGGUCAGGGUGGACUCUGGAGGGGGCCGGACAAACGCCAGGAGGCAGGUGGUGAACGAUGGUCCCACCCCCAUGGUGGGGAGGAACCAUCCCCCUCCUAAUACCCAGGGGUAUGCGCACAGACAGCCUACUGCUUCAGGGAGCUCCCGAAGGGAUUGCAGCUGCUGUAACCAUGGCACAAACUCUAAGUAAGGUUGUAUUCCAUAUUUUUACACAAUUGGACCUGUUAACAGUUAAUUAAAUGGUGGAUGAGGCAAACCCAGAAGGCAAAGAUCCUGUGGUUCAGGUCCCUAGAUGCCUGUGAGGAUGACUGGCAGUAAGGCUGUGCCUCUCAAGCCCAAGGGAGGUGAGAGGCUCAGUCCAAAAAGGCGACAGAGAGUAAGAAAGCAAAAGAGAGAGAGUAAGGGAGAGUAGGAGAGAAUGGGAGAGUAAUGGUGGGAAAUAAAGUCGUCCCUCUCAAGCGCAAGGGAGGCGAGAGGCCAAGGCUUACCGAAUUCUCCUGCCUAGCUCACCAAUAUGUUCCCAGUGAAUCUGAGGUUCUUGCUUCGUUCUAAAAGAAUUUGGAGAUGAAGUGGUAGGUAAGAAGUGGAGUGUGGACCAUCUCAGAAGAUGAGAGGCCUUGGGAGAAACACACUCCACAGACAGAGCGAGGGCCAUCCCAGAAGGCGAGAGAGGGUCCCAAAAUAUGGUGUGGUUAGUUUUUAUGGGCUGGGUAAUGUCAUAGGCUAAUGAGUGGGAGGGUUAUUCCAAUUAUUUGGGGGAAAGGGGCAGAGAUUUCCAGAAAUUGGGCCACUGCCCACUUUUUGGUCUUUUAUGGCCUUUUAUGGUUAGCCUCAGAACUGUCAUGGUGCUGGUGGGUGUGUCAUUUAGUAUGCUAAUAUAUUACAAUGAGGCUCAAGGUCCAUUGGAAAUCGAAUCUCCCGCCAUCUUGGAUCUGGUGAGUUCUAACUAGUUUUUGUCAUGCCUAUGGCCAUGUCAUUCUUCUCAUGGUUGUGCCCUGUCCCCUUCCCUCUUGUUUCAAUAAGAGAUUUAGCCUUAUGGGCCUUUUGGUGCCACUAUAAACGAUCUAUAAGUAAUCUGUAGCUUUCAAUUUUUAAAAGACACCUUUCUAAUAAUUUAUGACUGAAGUAACUUUUAAAAAGCCCUUUGUAUUUCUCUACAUUUUUUUCUUUUAAAAGAUAAAUAGAGCUUGUAAGCCAUAAAAUACCUAACACCG